AUGCUAUCUCCGCAGUCCUUCGAACGAGCAAACGCCGGAUGGGUGCUGGUAGACAGCUCGUCCGGUGGCGGCCCUCACCCGUCCAUCCCCCAUCUCGCCCUACUCGUCUUCGAAGCGGUCCUCGAGGUUGUCUGUGUCUCACUACCAGGGUACAUCAUCGCACGCAUGGGCAUGUUCGAUGCCGAAGCCCAGAAGUUUGUCGCCAACUUGAACGUCAUGCUGUUUACGCCUUGCCUGAUCUUCACCAAACUCGCUUCCCAGCUGACGGCAGGCAAGCUGGCGGAUCUGGCUGUUAUCCCGGUGCUUUUCAUCAUCCAGACGCUGGUCUCCUAUACGUCGGCGGUGAUAGUGUCGAGAUGUUUUGGUUUCAGGAAGAGACAGUCCAACUUCGUCAAGGCCAUGGGAGUCUUUGGCAACUCGAAUUCCCUGCCGAUAUCACUGGUGAUAUCACUUUCAAAGACGCUCUCUGGCCUGCACUGGGACAAGAUCCCCAACGACAACGACAACGAAGUCGCCGCCAGAGGAAUCCUCUACCUGCUCAUUUUCCAGCAGCUCGGCCAGGCGGUCCGCUGGAGCUGGGGAUACCACGUCCUUCUAGCUCCUCGGGAAGCCUACCUGCGCGACGAAGAAGAAGCCCCUAUCAAUGCUGCGGACAGAUACCGCGAUGACCCAGAAGAAGAUGACGACGGCGACAAUGAUAACAACGAAGGUAGAUAUCUCGACGAACCAGAGGAUCUAGUUCGCACUGCAGUUAACAGUGGACACACCACUCCUCGAUCAACUCACUCGGAGGACUCCUCGCACUUUGAAUCCGGCUCGCAGACGCCGGUUAUCGAACGACACCGUCCGUAUGCCAAAACUAACAGUGCUGACGGUAGCGAUGACAACGACGAGGCGGACCUACCUGCUCUAGUCCUGCCAACAGGACAAUUCCUCGUCCGGCCAGACCAGGCCGACAGCAGUAGUAGACAGCAGUCAUUCCUCUGCCGCAUCCUCCGCCCCAUUACCACCAGCAUACAGUCCACUUCUCAACGUUUCUUCACCUCCUUACCUAUUCCGCUCCAGAAGAGUCUCGGUUGGGUCUCUUCCCGCCUUACCUCGUUCUUCUCUGGUCUCUGGUCCUUCAUGAACCCUCCCCUCUGGGCAAUGCUUAUUGCCGUCCUCGUAGCCUCUAUCCCGUCCGUCCAGCGCGUCUUCUUCACCCCAGGCAACUUCCUGAGCAACUCCGUCACCCGCGCUGUAAAGCAGUCCGGCGGCGUUGCAGUUCCUCUGAUCCUAGUCGUUCUCGGUGCCAACCUGGAACGGAACACGUUGCCCAAGGAUGCCCUAUCCGACGACGAUGACCCAGCUGAAGAGCGUAAACUCAUCGUUGCUUCGCUGGUAGCUCGUAUGGUCCUUCCAACAGUCAUCAUGGGUCCGAUUCUUGCCCUUGUCGCCAAGUUUGUGCCCGUCAGUAUCCUGGAAGAUCCCAUCUUCAUCGUUGUGUGUUUCCUGCUGGUGGGUGCACCUUCGGCCCUGCAAAUGGCUCAAAUCUGCCAGAUCAACAACGUCUAUAUGGGCGCGAUGUCGAGGAUCCUCUUCCAUUCCUAUGUCAUAUGGUAA